GUUUUGUCUGUCUGGGUCAGUUUGACCUUCACCCUGUUUCUGUUGAGCUGUACCUGGACAUUUGACUGCAUCUGGCAAUUAGCUAUUGUAUAUAACUUCUCUCAUCUUCUUCAAAGACUGAAAAACACCCGGGAAAUGUGGACAACUGCCCAGGAGCCCUAGACUCUCAGAGGCCCCGCAAACCCAGGUUUACCUGUAUCAGUUGGUUCCAUAUAAUUAUGAUUAAUUGCAAAUUUGUUGGAAAUGUUCACUCCUUCCGUGGCCGCCAUUUAAAGAAAACGUUGGUAGCUACGCCUCUUCAGGUGCAUUAACCAAGAUGGCGACCGUUGGUGAUGUUAAGCGUUUAUCGUUCCACACUCGACUUUCCGCCUGUUUUGAGCCGCCACAUAGUUGCAUGUUUCCGUUCUUGUCAGUGUAAACACACUCAAAGUGUGAAAGUACGAGAACUGAAACACAGUAAAAUCAUUUAACUGAAAUGAUUGUUCGAAAGAUGUCGCAUUGCGGAGAAGAGGCGCUAAUUAGCGUGUUUACCCCGGAGACAGCCCUGGACCUCUCUUCCACCUGCCCUACCUCGGCUCCGGGGGUCGCUGGGGCUGGAGUCAGUUGCUCAUUGUUACACCUUGGAACCACCAUGAUCCUCCACCACACUAAUGUCCUUUCUUAGCCCUUGCCGACUUGUGGUGUUUUUCUAAAUUAUGUUGUGGGUGGACGGAAAACACCUGGAAAGCAGUAUGUUGGUGAAAACCCUGGAGGACCUGAGUCUGGAUCCAGGAUAUGUGGCGGGGGACCCCUGCCUGUCCCUCAGCCUGUCCUCCUCCGGUAGAUCGAGGCAGUCUCAGCCGUACACGAGUACCCCUCACCGGGGUCCGUGGUGGCAGCACGCCGGCUCUCUGUACAGCAGGAACGGCAGCUGGGACACGGUGAGCACGCUGCCGGAGGACGCGGCGGACGUCCUGGCUAAGUGUCCGUGCCUGCCGGAGCUGGAGGAGUAUCCCUGGACCGAGCAGGAGCUGCGCGAAGUCGUGCGUAAAGUCGCCGGUUGGGAGACUUCUUUCACCGCGGAGGCUGUUCACCGCCUGUCGGUCCUGCUCCGGAGGGCUCUGGUGCGUGUCUCCAGGGAGGCGCAGCGACUGAGCGAGCUCCACAGACGGUGCACACGCCUGGAGGUCCAGAGCGCGGUGAGGCUGGUGCUGAGCUGGGGUCUGGCCGAGCGGUGCGUCUCCUCGGCGGUGAAGGCCGUGUCCUUGCACUGCAUGAGCUCCGGGGACACUGCGCGUCAGCUGGGGAAGUCCGCGCGCUGCGGGCUCACGCUCUCCGUGGGCCGUUUCUUCAGGUGGAUGGUGGAGACGCGUGUGUCGGUGCGCGUGCACGAGUACGCCGCCGUCUGCCUGACAGCUUGCUUGGAGAGUUUGGUGGAGGAGGUGGUCGAGAGAGCGCUGGAGGCGGCGGCGGGGCUAACCGCGAAUGGCGGGAAUGAACGGGACGGCGGGGUCAGCUGCGGCCCGGUGACCGCUGAGGUGCUGGAGGGAGCAGUCAACAACGACCCGGAGAUGUGGGGACUGCUGCAAGUCUACGAGCACCUGAUGUGUGGGAAAAAUGCCAAUGGUGAGCUGUCGUUGCCGGCCCAUGUCAGCCCGUAUACAAAGGUUCCUGAGGACUCUGUGGAGAGCAGGGAGGACGCCUACAUCCAGCUGGAGCUGAGGACCCUGGAGCAGGCUCUGCUGGCCACCUGUGUGGGCAGCAUCGCAGAGCUCAGUGACCUGGUGUCUCGAGCGAUGCACCACAUGCAGCGUCUGCGCAGCUCGAGCCCCUCUGUCAGUCCCGCUCGUUCGGCCAAUCAGCCGUCAGUGUCCUGGGCCCCUGAUGCCCUCCGAACGCUCUACUACUUCCUGUCCAGCCCACAGAUGGAAUCACUGGAGAAUCCGAACUUGGAGCCUCCGACCAUGACGCUGACCAGAGAGAGGCCGUUCCUGCUCCUCCCUCCUCUCAUGGAGUGGAUCAGAGUCGCCACGGUGCACGCCGAACAUCGCCGCAACUUAUUGGUGGACAGUGAUGAUGUCAGACAGACAGCUAGACAGCUACUUCCUGGACUGGACUGUGAACCUAGACAGUUGAAGUCUCAGUGCUGUUUCCAGUCCUUUAAGUGUCUGGAUGCUGAAGCUGCUUCAGCCAAGUUCCAGCUGGAUCUGGGCUUUAGGAUGCUCUCGUGUGGCCGAGCAGACCUGGUCCAUCAGGCCACACAGCUCCUGGGAGCUGAGAGGGUCAACACCAUGGAUGACCAGGGAAUGACUCCUCUGAUGUACGCUGCUGCAGCAGGAGACGAAGCGCUGGUUCAGAUGCUCAUAGAGGCCGGAGCUAAUCUGGACCUGCAGGUCCCAAGCUGCUCCAGCAAACACCCGUCUGUUCACCCUGCCAGCCGGCACUGGGUCGCCCUGACGUUCGCUGUGCUGCACAGUCACCUGUCUGUGGCUCAGCUGCUGCUGGAGGCUGGAGCAGAUGUGGAGGGUGGAGCUCUGCUGGACGGUCAGGACAGCUCAGAGACGCCACUACAGUUAGCAGCUGCUGCAGGUUACUAUGAGAUGGUGAGCCUGCUGCUCACCCAUGGAGCAGACCCUCUACUCAGAGUGCAUCAUGGGAAUUCACUGACAUCACCUCUGUAUGAAGAUAUGAACUGCUUCAGCUACGCUGCAGCACACGGACACAGGAAUAUUCUCAGGAGGCUGCUGCAGCAGCCUCAGCACAGGAAGGAGGACAUCCUGUCUCUGGAGGAGAUCCUGGCGGAAGGAGUGGAGGAGGAGGAGAAGAAGGAGGACUCCCUGAGUCCUGCUCCGAGGCUGUGUAAGGCCAGGAUGAAAGCUCUGCAGCAGGCAGCGUAUUACAGCGCUGAGCACGGCUACCUGGACGUAACCAUGGAGCUGAGAGAGAUGGGUGUUCCCUGGCGGCUCCACAUCUGGCUGGAGUCACUCCACAGAGCCCAGCAGCUGUGCAGGGACGAAGUCACAGUCUCCCUCCUCACAGAGUUUCCCUCCAUCAGGAUGGAGGACUACAGCCCCGAGCUGCUCUCCACAGGCAUACCGCUCAUGUUCAGCAUGUUAGAGACCAGCAAGGACUACGUGAUAACGAAGCGGUUGGCGUCUGUGUUUUCUCACUGUUAUGGCUCCUCUCCUGUUCCUCCGGUCCCGCCCAUGGAUGUCACUCUGUCUACACAGCUCGAUAUUCACUUCCUCAACAACCAAGAGAUGUCUGAUGUGACGUUCGUGGUGGACGGGCGUCCGUUCUUCGCUCAUCGUGUGCUGUUGAUGUCGGCAUCUGAACGGUUUCGACGGAUGCUCAGCGAUUCUCCUGACGAUGUCAUCCACAUCAGUCACAUGACCUACAGCACGUUCCAGAUGAUGAUGAAGUCUCUGUACUGUGGGGGAACAGAGGGACUGACUGUCUCGUACUCAGAGGCCAUGAAGCUGCUGCCUGUGGCCUCAUUCUUCCAGCUCAGAGGUCUGCAGAGGAGCUGUGAGAUGAAGCUGUCUCAGAGUCUGACUCUGGACAACGCUGUCAACGUCUACCAGGCUGCCAAGCACCACAGAGCAACUGAACUCUGCAGGUUCUGUGAAGGAUUCUUCCUCCAGAACAUGGACCGGCUCCUGGACCGGGACGACUUCCACCGCCUGCUGCUGGGAGGGGUUGGUCAGGAGCUGCUCUGCCCAGGUACAGACGCCCAGGACCGGGACCCACCGGUCCUCCUGAGGGACCUGGAGGCCGCUCUGAUCCACAGACUGUACAGCCUGAACUCUGCAUGUCGAGAGUAGAGACACAGCGGUACGUGUGUUUGGGAACAGCAGCCAUAUACUGUGUUGUAGCACAUGUUAGUGUAGGUGAAUAACAGACUGAAAAUGGACUUAAAUGAGUGGUAGUUAUUUUAUCAACACUGCAACAGAUUAUUGAACUGUGAGGUUUCACUGUGUCAGGACCAGUCGACAUAAACAUGUAGAAAACUGUUACCUCAGGCCUUUAGUUUAAAACAUGCAUUUACACAGAAACUUUGCCAAAGUCUGAUGUUGACUAGUUUGCCCUGUUUGUACCGAAAACUCUGAUAUCAUCACAACCGAGAGAAAACCUGUACAUCAGCUCUCAGAUAAAGGAAACACCGUCAGACUCUCCAAACUCUUUAAACUAUAUUUUAACUCCUCAAUCUUUACAUUGUUCUAUACUUAGCUUCAAUUUUGAAAUCUUUGUUUUCGAGCUUUAAAAGUGGUUAACACCGGAGGCUACGUACAUGGCGUCAAGCUAAAGGCUAAAGCUAACAGGCGCUGUGUAGAAGACAUGGAAAUAAAAGAGCAGUAAUGUUCACGUAUCACAGGCUAGAGCCAGUUAGCCUUACUUUUAUUGUACAGUUUUAUAAAGAAAAACUAAAUUAAAUGGUCAUUUGUUCUGACGGUUGUGUUCAGGUCUUCACUACGACAGAGCAAUAAACAAUAGAUUCAAAGUUACAUUUUUUAUUUAUUAGUUGUAUUUUCAAAAUGUUUGGGAAUGAACAGAGUAGUUUAACAAAUGUAAUGUUAGCUAACACGACAUUGGAAAUAUUAUUGGCAGCAGUAGCUUUACUACAAGUGACUUAUCUAAUCACUUAAAUAAGUAUACUGUGUUUAA